UCUACCUACAGCGGCCUGCAGACAGACGUCAUCCCCUGAAAAUGUCCUAAACAAGGUGCAGGCCAACGAGGAAGAGGAGAGGCUGAAUAGAGAACUGGAGCUAACUACCAAGGAGAGAAAUGAGCUGACAGAUCGCCUCCUUUAUGUGACAGGUGGAUCCAUGAGCAAGAGCCCCUACUUCAGGCCAAAUCCAUUUUAUGAAAACUUGAAGAUAAAGGAGAAAGAGGUCAUGUCAUUACUGCACAACUUAGACACAAAGAACAUUGAACAUCGUGAGAAAUUUCAGGAGCUCAAGAAGGAGAUUAACUUCUAUCGCAACCUGCACAGCCGGCUCCUGAUGGACCAGGCAUGUAUGAAGAAGAAGUUGGUCACAUUGAAGCAGGAGAGCAAGGAGUUAGAGCGAUAUUUGUUUGAGUUGAACCCGAAUGCUGAAGACGAACAGGAGAAGACCAGCAACCUCCAGACCCAGCAAAAUUUGGUAGGAACAAGCAGCUGAGUCAGAUUAACAAUGUCUGAUACCAUUUGCCUAUUGGAUACAUCUUUGCUUCCCCUAUCAUCUUUCUAAUCUCCCCACACCCAAUCAGUCACCCACCUCAUGUGAUAGAGUUAUUCAUUGCUCUGUCUAUGCACAAGU